UUCGUUACAAAAUUCACCUGUUUGCCCUGAUCCCACCUUAAAAUCCCGUCAGACUGGGCGUUUAAGCCAAACUAUUCCAGUCCUAAUCACACUAACCUGAGCUAAGGCUAAACUCAAUCAAGACUAGUCGAUUUUUGGUUUGGGUCUUUGCUUUGCUAGAGUUUUCAGGUUACAAAGGGAACAUCUCUUGAAGUUUUGCCUUCCCGAAUCCCUCCACAAAACACAUCACACAAUUCUGCUGCUGUCUCGUUUGCGAAAAAACGUUUGUACCACGGGAGGAAGAAGGAAGACGGAAGUCGUAGCUGUUGUUGAAGGAAAGGUUGAUAUACUUUAUUGAAAAAAAGAACCGGGAAUAUAAGGAUCUAAGGAAGUUAAUCCUGUGAGUACCUAUAUUUUAUUUACUCUUUUUGCUUUUUUGAUUCGAUCGAUGGAUCUUGGGCAAAAUAUGGGAAUGGGGAAAAUGAUCGAGCUACAAAGACCGGCCGCACCGGCUUUCCAACUUUGCGAUCCCACCUUCUCAGCGUGAUUAAGUCUUGGGGUUUGAAUAAAUCCAAAGAAGAGGUGGCACAUCUGCUUGAUGAUAUUCAUCCCUAUCGAACAUCCGAUCUUUCCAUCCUCAAUAUUAUGCACAACAACAAUCCUUACCAUAUCAACGAACGAAAUCAUCCAUAUCAUAUCGACAAAGUAUCACCAUAUCCAUCUUAUGCUUCGACGUGGUACAAGACUUAUGCAUCCUGCAGCCUGACGAUGCUGGUCAUGCAACUGCAACGUUCUUCUAGUGUUUAUUUCUAUCCCGACUUACCUCAUCGAUAAAUAUUCUUACAGCAGAAGUCAUCAAUAUGUCGACCACAGCAGUUGAGGAAUGGUUAAGAGCAGAUCGAGCAGAUGAGCCACCGCAUCGAUGCAGGAAGAUUAUUAAAGAAUGGGAAACGGAAGAUGGCGCAUUUGUUACUUGCCGUGCUGAUGAUGGAUCACAACAGACACAUAAAUUAGUAGCCAUGUCUUCACUAUCUCGUCGUGCUUGCUACAAGUAAGUGCCUCCACUUCUUUGGAUAUUUUGAGAUGCGUAGCUCUGGAGCUUGUCUUCAGAGCAUCAUGUCACGGCACUCAACACUUUCUUGGUGUUGUGCAACAUCCUUGUUUCAAAGGGUAACACUAACAUUGGUAUUUUUAGGUGCGGAAACGUUGGUCACUAUGCUGAAGUUUGCGCUUCUGCUGAAAGACUUUGCUACAAUUGUGAGUACCCCAUUGGGAAACCGUCGAUAAUAAUUGAUACUAAUAUUUUGAUUAUUAGGCAAGCAACCUGGUAAGCUUUUAAGAAUAAAAUACCGCUUAUUCUCAUACUAAUAUUCGAUAGGACACGAAUCUAAUGGUUGCCCAUUGCCAAGAACUACCGAAGCUAAGCAGUGUUACCACUGCCAAGGUCUAGGACACGUUCAAGCCGACUGCCCAACUUUGCGUAUUAGUGGAGCUGGAACUACCGGUCGAUGCUACAACUGUGGAAUGCCUGGACAUUUGGCUAGAGCUUGCCCAAACCCGAACAGUGGAAUGCCAGGUGCUCCUCGUGGGCUUGGUGCUCCUCGAGGUGGAUUUGGUGGUGGGUUUGCCCCUCGUGGUGGAUUUGCUGGCGGACCUCGACCAGCUACUUGUUACAAGGUAAGAAGCCUUUUCAAAUUGUGUUUGUGUCCCGGAUUUUCCGGUGGCAUGUUAAACCGGCAAUACUUCGGUUAUAUACCUCGAAUAUAUCAUGCUAACUCCUGAUAGUGUGGUGGCCCAAAUCACUUUGCCCGUGAUUGCCAGGCUUCAGCUGUGAAGUGCUAUGCAUGCGGAAAGAUUGGACACACUUCCCGUGACUGCAGUAGCCCUAAUGGUGGUGUUAACAAGGCUGGAAAAAUUUGUUACACAUGUGGAACCGAGGGUCACGUCGCUCGUGAUUGCCCAUCAAAGGGUCUCAAUGUUGAUGGAGAGGGUGCUGCCAGCAUAGUUAAUCCUAUGGAAGGUGCUCCAAUUGCUCCUGUUGCAGCUCCUGUUGCAUAGGUUCCUUCCUAAAGGGAUGCCAUUGUUCGAUAGGCCUCGAUGAACUAUCGAUCAUUGCUUUAAAAAACGGUUCAUCGUAUCUCGUCUUUCAUUUGUAAUUUGGACAUAAUCAUCAAUUGAUCCUGGGUCGUCCGCUCGUUUUCUCGGCAUGCGAAAUUCGAACAGCAUUUUAUCAAACAUUACGGAUUGCUUACUUUCGGCGCUUUGGUCUUUUCCCUUGCUUCUCUUGACAUGUUCUCCCAAAAUUAAAAAAGCAUUUUUUUGCACACGCGAUAUUCAUUUCCUACCCUUUACGAACUGGCGACUCGGCAAAUACCUACAACAAUACCUUUGACGACGUGGGGCCAUUAUUCCUGUGGUUUUCAUCUUACAAAGAUAGAUUUCAUAAUUUUUGGCGACUUUGCAAAACAAAAACAAAAAGCGAAAAAUUUCUUCUCUAUCUUAUUUUUAGUAAUGUGAUGAACCAAAUGAAUGAGUUCAACUCACAUAUACCAAUCUAAUCACAUGGAAUUCGUUUUAAAAAAAGAGGCUGAGAGGCACGAAUGGGGAGAUACUUUAUUGAUGGAGGUAGACAAAAAUAAAACAAUAUUAAUACAAUCUUGAGGUCAUAUUAAGAGAUAAGAUAAGAUAUUAAAAGUUGAACAACAACGGGGCGAUGGAUGGAAUGGAUUGAUUGAUAAGAUAUCUAUGAGAUCUAUGAAAAGGAAAGUUUGGACUUGAGCAUACCUUCCUGCCUGGUAGAGGGGCUUGCUUGGGUCUGGAUUUGGGGAUGAAUAUAGGUGUGGGUGAGAGGAUGUAAGGGGUG